CCCACCAACAACACCAGUUUCUUUGUGGAAGCUCAUCUCUUUCGAUUUUUCUUUGUCGGCUAGUUUUUUACUUGUACUUCUUCACCUCGGCUUCUAUGGCGUCAAUUGCAGCUACUUGUCUUCGGCUCCAGCCUCCAACGACGGUGCAGUUCAACGAGAGUGGUCAGGUAACUGGUAGAAUUUCACCAUUGCGGUUGGUAUCUGUACGUCCCGCUUCAAAGACUGUCCGAUUGCAGGUCUCUUGCGCGGCAAAGCCAGAGACAGUGCAGAAAGUAUGUGAAAUUGUGAGGAAGCAACUAGCUUUGCCACCAGAGUCUGAGCUCACUCCUGAGUCCAAGUUCUCAGCACUCGGUGCUGAUUCACUCGACACAGUAGAGAUAGUCAUGGGCUUGGAGGAAGAGUUUGACAUUAGUGUGGAAGAGGAGAACUCUCAGAACAUUACGACAGUCCAAGAAGCCGCGGACUUGAUUGAUAAGCUCGUUCAAAAGAAAGCCGGGGCAUAGAAAGCGAGGCAGAGUAGCGGAGAGUUUUGAGUCGACCAACAUCAUGAAUUGGGGGAUUUUUAGCUGUGGCUUGUUUCAUAGCUUUUCAAUUUCUAAGAUUUUGGCAUCUGCAUUUUUCUCUCUCUUGGUACUUCAAUUUUGAAUUCUAGUUCAAUUAAUAUCAUCAGAGAUUUAUUUUAGUUGUCAUGAUAAGCCUUGAAUUAAUUUUCUCAGCAUAGAAAUUUUUUUUUGAACCUGGUUAUAUGUAUUGUGAUUAAGGUUACUUCAGGACACGAGUUUUUUCA